CGCUGACAUUUUCAGAGUCUGCGCUCGCCGCCAUGUUGGACAUUUUGGAAAAUUGGGUUUCUCCUCCUGGGCGUUGUGUGCAAUAAAAAGGCCGAAAUUUCGGCUGCUCCGGCUUGACUAUGCCGAUAUUCGAUGUAAUUGGACUUGGUGGGGAAAAACAUGCCGUUAUUAUUGACAUCGGUGCUGCGUAUACAAAAGUUGGUUUUGCCAAAGAAACUGCACCAAGACAUAUAAUCCCAAGUAGAAUAUUUCACAUUGUAAAUGGAAAGAGAGAGGAUGUAUCUGUCUUUCACAUCAAGAACAGGAAGCCAGAUGAACUUUAUUCCAUUCUGCGAGAUUUCAUCCACCUCAUUUACUUUAGAUAUCUCUUGGUUAACCCAAAAGAGAGAAGAGUUGUGAUAUGUGAGUCAAUUCUGUGUCCUACUCAGUUCAGAGAAGUUCUGGCAAAAGUUCUUUUCAGACAUUUUGAGGUGCUGUCAGUGUCGUUUGCGCCGUCCCAUCUUCUGAGCCUGUUUUCACUAGGCAUUCCUUCUGGUCUUGUUAUGGACUGUGGUUAUAGUGAAUCCCUCGUGUUACCAAUCUAUGAGGGCACUGCAAUUUUGAAAGCCACCACAGGCAUUCCACUAGCAGGAAAAGCCCUUCACAGACACCUCGAAGAGCAACUGAUGGAGAGAAGCCUUGUUCAGAUAGAAACCGGUGUUAAACCUUUGUCAUCUGUUAUGGGGUCACUAGAGGAGGAAAUUCUUGAAGACAUUAAAGUUUUGACAUGCUUUGUUGCACCAAAGUUCAGUGGACCCCAAAACGAGGCACGUCCUGCCUCUCUGGUCCCACAGGUUGACUACCCUUUGGAUGGAGGCAGGAUUCUUAGGAUUGAAGGACAAAUCAGGGAGCAGACAUUUGAUAUCUUGUUUGAUGGAGAUGAAGAGGAGAAAUCUCUUGCUACAGCUCUACUUGACUCUUUGCUUCUGUGUCCAAUUGAUACCCGUAAGACCCUCGCAGAAAAUAUUGUCUUGAUUGGAGGGACAGCAAUGACACCAGGCUUCAAACAUCGUCUGAUGCAGGAGAUUUAUCUGCUACUCCAGUCCCCAAAAUACAAAGACAAGCUCUUUAUCAAGACAGUCAAGAUGCAUCAGCCACCUGUCAACGCCAACAUUACAGCCUGGCUAGGAGGUGCUAUUUUCGGAAGUCUUGAGGUUCUCGCAGACCGAUCCACUACACGAGAACGCUACCAACAGCACCCUAAGCUUCCUGAUUGGUCCACGUGUGAUCCACUCAGCGAACAGCAGUCCCAGGUCGAGGAGAGACUGGAGCGACCAGUGCUGUCACGAAGACAGACCAGCGGUAUCACUAGCACCCUGAGCAGCCUCAGUAGCGCGCUUUCAAGCCGAAUACUUGGCAGCGGAAGUAGUAGGAUCGCCCUUGACAGAAGUGGAGGGAGGCUGGGAUCUACCGGAAGUACCUCAUCAAGCAUUCAAGAGAGUCCGGCUGAAGAUAAAAAGUAGAACACAACUGCACUCCUAUAUAUUGCUACAUUAUCAAGAGCCAUAACUUUUUAGGACUUCAGAAAGUGAAUAGAUUUAGAAAUUACCACAUUCUUUCCUAUCUAACCUCUAUCAGUGGCAAAAGAAAAAAGGUAUUCUAGGAAGUAGGAAAGAAAACAAGGCUAUUUAUAUAUAAAUAUUGUAAUAAGAUUAAGAUUGCAAGGAAUUGUUUGUAAUUAUCAGUAGCAGGUACCUGUAGUGUCUCGUGUCAUGUCGUCGCUCCUUCGCUAGGCAAAUCAUACUUUCAGCUCACACAUUUAGAUUAAAAUAGGAGAAGGUUUACAGGAGUGAGCCUGCGGAUAUCGAGGUGACUUCACAAAACAGCUGAUCGCGCUAGAGAGGGUGACGAUAGUUUUUUUUUACCAUAACCACGUCUGGAGUUUACCUGCUAAUUUCUUUUCAACCUCAAACGGGAGGCCAAAAGAGCCAUAAAGACUCAUUUGAAAUUCUUUAUCUUUCAGGCAAGCUUGAGUUUUCUUUCGUCCUCAAAAACUAAUGCCAUAGCCCCUGUUGGAAACAACUUAUGCUAUUUUGGUCCUUCCGGUCUAUCUGUCUCUAAAAUCUUAAUCUUGGCACGUUUGUAAAGUGUUACCGCUUUACAUACAGACAGGAAACCUGUCUACUAGGAAAUGUGGAAAAGAUGGUGAUUUUGCUUUGAUGUUAUAUGAGUGAAAUCACUCGAAUCCCACGUGCCUAGCAGAUGUUUUGAAGAUUUGUUCCGUGAAAACGUAUUAAGCUUCCUAACUCGCUGUUAUAUGUGUUUUUCCUUCUGAAAUGGCCUCUUUAUGAUUAGGAUACUUCAAGCUAACUACUCUUUUCAUAACCAUCAAGGUAAAUGGGUCGGCUUUAUUUAUGAAAAAAUAAAUGUGUCUUUGAACUGCG